AAAUAAUAUAGCACAAAGUUUAUAAGAAUUCUCGUUUUGACCCGCUUCAAUAAUUUUCUUUGACCAUUUAUUACAGUUUUCCUCUCAGACGGCGAAACUGGAAACAGACGACAACAAUGGGGGGAACUUCACGGGGCAGUACUCGAAGCAGAGCUUCGAAAUCUUCCACCGAAAAUUCCCCAAUCCGUAAACCAAAUCAAAUGCUACGGAAGGAUAAAACAAGAGAUCGCAGCUUAAUUCGCAUUUUCAGCGUGAACAUCAAGUUCCUUUUAGGGUUCGGAAUUAUUGCCUUUGGGAUCUCACUCUUUUUCAUUAAUUCACUCAUUAAACCCAUGGAGAAACCUCAAAAACCAAGAGUCAUCACUCCACUUCCAGCUCCAAAAUUAAUGGAUCUUCCAAUGUUUCAAGGAGAUCAUAGAGAGAGCUUGUACUGGGGUACUUACAGGCCUCAGGUAUAUUUUGGAGUUCGUGCAAGGACUCCGCAAUCACUAGUUGCUGGCUUAAUGUGGCUUGGAGUCAAGAAUGGGAGGUAUUUCAUGCGUCAUGUAUGCCAAGAUUCGGAUGAGUUGAAACAGUAUGGCUGGACUAGUCAUAAUGGACGGGAUUAUGGACAUCAGUUUCUGAUUGAACAGACAAUGACCUUGACAACUCAUUUUCUGAAAUCCAAGGAUCGUGGUAGUGGCUAUGGUGGAGACUGGGCUGUUCGAAUUGGAGUGCAGAGCGAUGAAUCUAUGUCUGAUGAGGAAAUGUUAAACACCGCGCACUUAUUUUUCUAUGUGGCUGAUGAAAGUGGGAAAGGUCUUACUUUGGGUAGUGGAGUCUCGGAUAUCCAUGGUGAUUCUAUCUUGGCUUCAGGAUCACGUAGUGACAUUGGAAACUGGCAGCUCCAUUUAUUUUCAGAGGAUGUUUCUGGAGUACAUUAUUCAGGCUUCAAGACACCUCACAUUCACAAUCUAUCUGAUGUUGUCCAGGCAAAUUUGGCAGUCCAAGCAAGAAAAUUUGGCCAUUUGCUGCUUUCGGACUUAUCUGAUGAUUCUCCCAACAUUUUAGUAUUUCAGAUCUCUGCUAGGAUUCCUCUCAAAGCAGACAUUGUUUUACUUUCUGGAACCAGUGCUCGUGAUUCAAGAGUUGAAGAACGGGCUAGCAGGCUGAAAGGUACGUCGCUGACUAGUUUACUCUCUGAGAAACAAAAUGAGUUUGACAAUAAAUUUAAAAAAAGCUUUAGCCUAUCUGAUGAGCUUGGUUUGGAUCCUGUGACUGUUGGUAAGGCUGCUCUUGGAAACAUGUUGGGUGGGAUUGGCUACUUCUUUGGCCAGUCAAAGAUUUCGCUUCCAUCAACUUCCACACUUAAUGCUGGAGAUAAUUCUGUCUUAUACUGGCCUGCUGAGCUAUAUACAGCAGUUCCAAGUCGGCCCUUCUUCCCAAGGGGCUUCCUAUGGGACGAAGGUUUUCAUCAACUGCUAAUCUGGCGUUGGGAUAUAUACAUUAGCUUGGAUAUCAUUGGACAUUGGCUAGAUCUGAUGAAUAUUGAUGGAUGGAUUCCGCGCGAGCUAAUCUUAGGUGCUGAAGCCUUGAGUAAGGUCCCAGAAGAAUUUGUUCUUCAGCAUCCAACUAAUGGAAAUCCACCGACACUGUUUUUGACCUUGCGUGAUCUGAUCUCCAAGCUGAAGAAAGAAAAGUUUGCUGCUACGGAGGCCAGGGAUAUCUCUGUCUUCUUGGACCGGGCAUUUGUCCGCCUUGAAGCAUGGUUCAAAUGGUUUAACACAACUCAGGCUGGAAAGGAAAGGGGUAGCUAUUACUGGCAUGGAAGAGAUACUUCAACAACCCGUGAACUAAAUCCUAAGACCUUAUCUUCUGGACUGGAUGAUUAUCCACGUGCAUCUCAUCCAAAUGGAGAUGAACGUCACGUGGAUCUUAGAUGCUGGAUGCAUCUUGCAGCAGAUUCCAUGCACUCAAUAGCAGAGCUUCUGAAGAUGGAUAAAGAUAUCCAACAGGAGUAUAGUUUGACUGCAAAGCUGCUCUCAGAUUUUGAAGUUCUGAACCAGAUGCACUUAGACGCUGCUAAUGGAGCUUAUUGUGAUUAUGGAAAUCAUACGGAAAAGGUUCAACUAACUUGGAAAAUAGUGGAGACCGACCCAAAGCGAGAGUUGUUACGACAAGUCCUAGAAAAACCUGUUCUACAACUUGUUCCUCAUCUUGGUUACGUUAGCCUUUUCCCAUUUAUCCUCAGGCUUAUUCCACCUGACUCAUGGAUACUCGAGAGUCAGCUUGAAUUCAUCUCCAAUAGGAGCAUUUUGUGGACCGAUUUUGGGCUUAGAUCCCUAUCCAAAACAAGCUCCAUGUACAUGAAACGGAAUACAGAGCACGAUCCUCCAUAUUGGAGAGGGCCAAUAUGGAUACCGUUGAACUAUUUGAUUGUUUCGUCUCUUCAUCACUACUCUCAAGAGUCUGGACCAUACAGAGAAAGAGCCAAAACCAUCUACAAUGAAUUGAGGAGCAACUUGAUAAGAAAUAUAGUUGGGAACUAUAAGCGGACAGGGUACCUGUGGGAACAAUAUGAUCAGAAGAAAGGAAAAGGAAAAGGCGCACGCCUGUUUACUGGAUGGACAGCAACUGUGCUAUUGAUCAUGGCAGAAGCUUACCCUGAAGUUUAGUAUACAUCUAUCAUGGCAGAAGCUUAUCAUGAAGUUUUUUUUAUAUAAUUUACCCAUCUCCAAAAAAAUGCAUGUAUUUGAAGGAACUUUGAUUCCCUUAAAAGUGUUAGGUUGAGAUACUGCCAAUGUGAAACUGGGACGAGCAAUACUUGCCAUGGAUUACUUAUACUGAUAUUACUGUAUAAAGACUCAUAUUUUUCUUUUCUUCUUCAAAAA